UUUCUUCCGAAGCGGGGUCCCUGUGGAGUUCCAAUGUUUUUUCCACAGAAGAUGCCAAAUAAAAUUGUAUCACAAACUAGCAAUUUGAAUUUUCGUUUAAACAUCUCGAAAAACAGCCAUGUCUAAAGACUCUUCUCCUCGUCCAGAGCCUGUUUGCUUGGCAGACAUCGAGGAAGAGGCGAAAAAGAAUGUAUCUGGGAAGAUUUUGAGCUAUUUUGAAGGAGGAGCAGACGAAGAACAGACGCUCAAAGACAACAUUGAUUCAUUCAGAAGAUUACGACUGAGACCCAGAAUGCUUUCUGGGAUAUCAGAAGUAGACAUGUCUACCACUCUGCUGGGACAGAGGGUCAGCAUGCCGAUAUGUGUUGCACCAUCUGGGUAUCAAAAGCUUGCACAUGCAGAUGGUGAACAAGCUACUGCAAAGGCUGCAGCUAGUGCCAUGACCUGCAUGAUCCUUAGUAUGAUAUCCACCACCAAGAUGGAAGAUGUAACACUUGCUGCACCUGCUGGACUCAGAUGGUUUCAGUUCUACAUACUCAAAGAUAGAGAACUUACCAAGGAACUAAUUUGCCGAGCAGAGCAGGCAGGAUACAAGGCUUUGGUCUUAACAGUCGAUGCAACUGUUAUUGCGAAACGGCGUUCUUUCUUAAAAUCGGGAACUUACAAUGAUCCUGGGGUUGUAGCUGUUCAUUUUAAAUCUAAGGAUGGGAAAGUUUGGCCUGACAAACUGUGUGAAAAGGCCAUUACAUGGGACAUGGUUGUAUGGAUCAAGUCCAUCACCAAGCUUCCAGUAAUAUUAAAAGGCAUUCUAACAGCAGAAGAUGCUAAACUUGCUGUCCAGCAUGGUGCUGAUGCCAUUAUUGUGUCUAAUCAUGGAGGAAGACAGUUGGAUGGAGUCUUGGCAGGGAUUGAUGCUCUACCAGAAGUUGUGUCAGCUGUCAAUGGACAAAUUGAAGUGUAUAUGGAUGGUGGAGUAAGGCUUGGUGCUGAUGUACUGAAAGCAUUAGCAUUGGGUGCACGUGCUGUAUUCGUUGGUCGUCCUGUGGUAUGGGGACUUGCCUAUCAGGGAGAAGAAGGUGUGCUGAAAGUACUGGAGAURCUUCGUGAAGAAUUCAGGACCGCCAUGAUACUAUCAGGAUGUUCCUGUCUGUCAGAUGUUUCCCCAUCUCUCGUGACUCGUCUUUGCAAGUGUAAUUUGUAAAUGCAUGGGUUUGUAGCUAGUGAUUACGAACUGUUAUUGAGAUGCAGGGGGUCAAUACGCAAGCACCAACCGCUCGGGGAAUUGUGAAGUGACCGCUAAAUAGAGGUUAGCAGCUGCUUAUGAAACAUAAACUAAUACAAAAAUCCACUUUGGGACUUUGACAACUGGCCGCUAGAUAGGGGGUAGCAGGUUCAACAGUACUUUCUAAACCUUUCUAACGGUUAAAGCGGGUAAGGUCGGUAACGACCUCGUGCAUUCACGUCUAGAAUUGUAGAGAUGAAUGUUAUUGGAACAAGAACAAAUGUUCUUCCAUUUCACGUCAAGCACUACCACUGAUAUGAGCUUUUCUUUGAACUUCGGUUCAAGGCGGGAAAUGGAAAGAUGAAAUACAAAAAAAAAAAACACGUACAAAACACGUUUAAAUUAGGUUUAUUAAUUGCAUCCUAUUAAAAUGAUAUUUUUCUAUCAUAGCAUUUAA